UCUUAAUCAAUUUAUAGUUUAUACCUCGACUUGAUCUGUGAAAUUAGAAUCAAUUUUAGUUUUUACUAUUUAUUGUCAACAGCUGCUUAAGAAAUUAAAAAUUCCUAAAGUUAAGUUAUUACUACUUCACUAGUCCCUGUUUAAUAAAAAGAGAUUAUCAUUAGUAUUUAUCAACUUCUUUAUGGUCCUUGGUAAUGUAAAAAUUAACUUAUAUACCUCUGGCAUUAACGUCACUAAAACCUGAAAAAUCUUGGAUAUAGUGAAAUUCACAUAAAAAAUGUCGAUACCUCCGUUGGUGUGCAGUACUCCUCCUCCGCCAGACCAGUGUGAAGAGGAUAAACAAAUUGAUGAAUUUGAUUUACAGUAUAGAUUGUCACCAGAGGACGAAGAUGAAAAUGAUGAAUAUAAUUAUGGAAAUUUUAAUAAUUUCCAUGAUGUUAUGCCUAAUAAUGAUGCCUUGGAACCACAAAAUGAAACCAGUAAAGAAAAGACUGAUCAUAGCAUUAUUGAAAUAAUUAAACAUUCUAAACACAGCCCAAGUAAGCAAAAUUCCAUAGAUAAAGUAACCAUUGAUGAUGUGGCUAUUGAAGACUUAAACUUAAAGGUAGAGCAAGAAAGUGAUCUUGUAGAUCAGGUAGUAAGUAAUAAUAGUAAUGUAGAUGAAGAUUCAGACACAUAUGGAAUAACAUGUUUUACACCGCAUAUAGAAUCCCCUGAUAAAAGUACUUUAUGUGUAAACUCUAAUGUAGUAACAGAAGAGAGUAAUGAAGAAAAUGAAGUAGAAAGCGUGAUACCAGAAUUGAAUGAUUUAUCUCUAUUUUCUAAAGAAGGGGAAGAAUCACCAACCAAAUUAUUAGAACAUUCUGAGGGUGAUAUUGUGAGUAAUGAAGUCCUUGUACAAAAUAUAACAUCUGAAUGUGAAGAAUCUAAACAAGAUUUGCAUACAUCCGAUGAUUUUGAUGACUUUGAAGAUUUUAAAUUCACUACAAACAGCAAUUACAACAUUAUUGAAAGUGCUGGUAAUCCUUGGGAAAGUAAGCAUCCAAAGGAUUUUAACUUUGGGGAUUUCAAAGCCGAUUUUGAUGCUAAUGAAACUAUAGAUGAAGAAUUACAUAACGAGAAACUAAAUGAUGAAAUUAUCAAUAGUCAAGCUGAACUAGAUAAUAGUGAAGAUGAAGAUUUUGGUGAUUUUGAUGAUUUUAAGUCUUCAGUAAAUAAAGAAAUAGUAGAAGAACAUGCUUCUCAACAUGUCACUGUUUUAAACUUUCAAAGUAAUGAAAAUGAGGGCCAGGUAAUAGAAAGUAUAAAAAAUAUUUUAUUUAAUAUCUUUCCUGACGAUUUACCAGAUUCUGAAACAGCAUUCGAUGGAAAUCUUGAGUCUUCGCUAGGUGAAACGUGGCAUCAUUUGAAAGAAAUUGAUGUAAGACAGCCUUACAUUGUAUAUUGGAAUAAUUCUCUUGGUCAAAAAACUCUUUUAAAGGCCCUAUGCAUUGAUUCACGAAAUAUUUUGUUUGGCCCCAAGUGGAAUUCCUCGAUGCCAAAAUAUGCAACAAAUUUAUGUGGAGCACCUCUAAAACCUCAAAAAUCUCCUACUACACCACAGCAACCAGACCUCAGUGCUGAAAAAAGUAAAGAAAACAUCACAUGGACAGAUCCUUUUACUUCAACUGGACAAGGAUACACUUAUGCCGAAGCUCUACUCCUAGAUUUAGAACACCUCAUGACCACUUUAGAUCAAAUGGCUCACAAACAGUCUACUCUAAAAAUAUCUGAGUUACUUUCAACUGCUAACAGUUCAGACAGAGAAAAGACCCUAAAAGAGUCUCGACCGGCAGAUCUGAAUGUCUUUGGAAGCUCCAUUACAGUAUCUAAAUUAGACAAGAUCCAUUCGAGUACCCUCAGUGUGCAACCUCUUAGACAUAUCAAUUUGCCUGAUACACAUAUAUUUACACCUACUGACUCUGAAACUCCAAGAUCAAAAACGAUUCAUUACGACAUUACACCACCUGUAUUAUUACCACAAUCGAUAGAGAACCACGGCAUUAACCCAGAGAUAUCUACCCAAAAAAAGUCUACCUUUGAAAAUAAUGAUGAUUACUGGGAAUUUCAAGAUUUUAAAGGUACAGCUGAAAGUGCCCAAAAUAUAGAUAUAAAAACAGAAGAAACUAUUGAUCCAAAUGCAGGAAUGGUUCUUCAAAGUCAAUUAUUGCAACCGGUCAAAGUUGAGCCAACCGUGCCCACAUUAAACUGGCCAGAUCCUGGCGAGGUUAAGGAGACAUUUGAUGAUUUUUCUGAUUUUGUAUCUAGUACUGCCUGGAAUAAUGAUAAUUCAAGUACUGCAGAGGCUGCAUCUCACCCGCCAAGUGCUAGCCUUAUUGGAACGGCACCUUGUGAUAAUGUAGAGGAUGAAUUUGAAACAUUCCAAUCGGCUCCUACGCCUGCAUUUAAUCAGAAAUGUGCAGAAACCUCGUCACCGGAAACUAGUAAAUUUAGCAAUGAGGUCAUACGUAGACUUCCAUCGGAUACAUUGAACAUUAGGCCAAACGAAGUCUUCACACCGAACACUGUGCAGAAUCAUAAUAUUUCUGUGAACACGACCUCAAAAUCUAGUCCAGUGAAUACGUCAAUUCUAAAACCUAUGAAUCCCGGCCCGAGUGUUAUUCGCCCCCAAAAAGCGGGACAAAUUUUACAACCGCUUUCUCUCGAAAGUUAUUCGCAGAUAAAUUGGCCCAAACCUGGGAUAGAUUUACAAAAUCUUUCAAGUUUCAAUCCUCUCGAAAGCUUCGAAGCGUUCAAAAGCGAGUCCGGCUCGAGCAAAGGCGCAUCGCCGGUGCACAAAAUAGCUUCUGUCGCCGUGAACGAAACGCUCGAUGACGAUAUUUGGGGUGACUUCGUUUCGAGCAAACCCAAACAUGCGGCUCCGAAGAAGUCACAGUUAGUCGCAGACGACGACGAAUGGACAGACUUUGUGUCGAGUCCGAGCGUAUCACAGAACAGCCUUAACACCAUAAGCUUCAAUGUCGCAACCAAUUCGACGAUGCAAAAAAUGUCCAAUCAAAGUGUUUCUAAAAAUAAUCAAAUCGCCCUGGAUGUUCCGGUUCUCAACUACAUAACUCCGAAGUCGAACAGCCGCGGCGUGUGCGUCGAUAAACAUUUUCAAAAUUUAUAACGACUUUAUAUCAUAUUUUUAUAUUCAAUGAAUUAGUUCUUUAACAUAACUAAAAUUUAUGUAAAUAUUAUAUUAUGGUGAAGGUAUUAAAUUGUUUUAUAGUUUUACUUUCGAGUAAAGAAGCUUGUUGUUCACAUAGAGUUUUGUGUGUUCUUUGAAAUAUAUGACUUAUAUAUACUUUUUGAUCUCUUGAUGAGUAUUUCGAUUAAUUUGAACUAAGCAUAUUGUUAGAGAUCCGUGAUAUGUACUUAAUACUACUUAUUCGUUUACAAUAUUUGUAAAUAUAUUCCAAAUUCUUAAAUGAUUCUGUACAAAUUGGUAAAAUGUAUUUAUGUUUUAGAUUUUUCUAAGUAUCUUAUAAAAUAUUUUUCAAUAAGACAGUUUAGGUAGUAUCAAAUUUAAGUAUUCUUUAUUGUAUUUAUUUUAUAAAUUGUAAUAUAAAAUUAAUAUUUUAAAUUUCGAAAAGCAAUAUUUGUAAAUUGGUACAUAAUGUAAAUAUUGAAAAUGUGUAUAUAUAGCUAUAAAACAUAGAAUAAAAAAGUAUUUUCUAGAGAUUGAAUGUAUUGUCUUGUCCUGUUAUGUUAAUUUUCGUAAUUAAUGAUAUAUUUUUAUCUACUGCAAGGAACAAUAUUAUUUAUGAAUUAUGUCAUUAUAGACUAUAGUUAAAAAUUGCAUUUUUAAAGGAUUUAAAAUAGUUAUCUAAAUUUGUUACCAUUUUGUUAAAUGUUAUUUUCCUGCUUAGUGAUCCUAUACUAAUAUACUUCUUUUCGUAUUAUCGAUGGCUAAAAAGUGUAGAAUUUGUUGAUCGUAAGUAAAAUAAAGAGAUUUUGUCUUUA